AUGACGGACAUACACGGGCCCCGUUCAUCGGCCCCGGCCGGCAACGGCGACACGGAGCACAGCCACGAAACGACCCCGCUCCUCCCAACCACCGCGUUCCGCACCGUCCACCAAAAUAUCUCGAGCCGGAUUGCUCAUGAGGGCGAGAGCGGAAGAAGCGGCUUUCACCUACGCCAAUUCUUGAGGGUGCUGUGGCGGAGUUCUUGUACCGCGUCUAUGCUGGUCAAUGUCCUCUGGCCCAUCGUGCCCGUAGCAAUCGCCCUGAAUUGCCUCCCCGGACUUCACCUGUGGAAAUUCGCAACAGCCUAUGUGGCCGUGGUGCCGACCGCAAACCUCUUAGGUUUCGCAGGGCAGGAGUUUGCUCGGAAGAUGCCCAAAGUGGCUGGCAUCUUGAUCGAAACCACGUUCGGGUCCAUCGUCGAAAUCAUCCUGUUCGUGGUUCUCAUCACCAAACACAACGCCGAUGGGGGCAAUGGUGAUGAAGGAAAUUUGAUCCCCAUCAUCCAGGCUGCAAUCCUCGGAAGUAUUCUGACAAACUUGUUGCUUUGCCUCGGGCUCUGCUUCUUCUUCGGCGGAAUACGUCACGCCAGCCAAAAGUUCCACGCCAUUGUCUCCGAGGUUGGCACCGGGCUUCUGCUAGUUGCCGCAUUUGGGCUGCUCAUCCCAAGCGCGUUCUACUCCGCCCUCAAGUCUGAGGUCUUGCUCGAUAUUCCUGGUCUCAAGGUGGCAUUCCACGAAAAGUUUACCGAAGGUACUUUGCACGCUGAUGUCUUGCGGAUCAGCCAGGCCACAUCAAUUGCCUUGAUUGUGGCCUUCUUCCUCUACGUCUGGUACCAAGCGAGCAGCCAGCAUAGUAUAUUUGACGAGGUUAUUGAGAUGGAUGAGCAUCGUGAUGCUGAUCGCGAGGAGGAUAUGGAGAAACCAAAGUUCACGCUGACAGAGACAGCCCUUGCUCUCACGCUUUCAUUGGCAUUGGUAACACUGCUGCUCAUCUUUCUCGUUCAGGGAAUUGAGGAUGUCGUUGAGAGUGGCAUUCCCGACCAGUUUCUGGGCUUGAUCCUACUUCCCUUGGUAGAGAAAGCUGCGGAGCAUUUGACCGCCGUCGAUGAGGCCUGGGACGGAGUCAUCAACGUAGCUCUCUAUCAUUGUCUCGCCCCUUCAAUCCAAACCGCCCUCUUCAACGGUCCACUAGUUGUUCUCGUCGGUUGGGCUUUGGGCAAGCCAAUGGACCUCAACUUUGAAAUUUUCAUGAUCGGCUUGCUUGUGCUCUCCAUUCUUGUGGUGGGUAAUUUCCUACGAGAUGGUGAAUCAAACUGGCUUGAGGGAGCUUUGCUUGUCGUUAUAUAUGUGAUCAUUGCGAUUGCAUGUUGGUACUAUCCCAACCCAGAUAUUGCAACUUCCAACGGUAUCCAAGGGUCGGAUCUUGUUAACGUCACCAUGAGCGUUGAAAUGCUCCGACAAAUCCAAGAGCUCUUGACACAGAGCCUGCGUGAUUGA